AAUGACCCCCCCAGUACCUGGCUGCCCGUGUCCGUGAGUGCCACACCACGUGUCCCGCCGGGAGGAUGGGCUCGCCAUGGACGUCUUUAAGAUCGACCAGUCCCUCAGUGCCAACCUCGGGAGUGCUCCGCCGCCGGAAAAACUAAACGCGGACGUUUCUUUCGAUGCGGGAUCCGAAUUCAAUCUUAGUUUUUUCGACGGACCCGAGGACAGUGCGCAAGGCUUCAGCGACCCAGGAUCCGUGGGCUCGACCUCCGUGUCGUCUCCGCCCCCGCAGCUACCCUCCCCCCAGCUGGUAUCGCAACCCUCUGUCUCAGUCAAGCAAGAACAACACUACGCGGCUGCUGACUCCAACAGCUCCACACCCACCAAGUCCUUCGUGCCUUGCAAGGUGUGUGGCGACAAAGCGUCCGGUUACCAUUACGGCGUCACGUCCUGCGAGGGAUGCAAGGGGUUCUUCAGGAGAAGUAUCCAAAAGCAGAUCGAGUACCGGUGUCUGCGCGACGGCAAGUGUUUGGUCAUCCGACUCAACCGCAACCGAUGUCAAUACUGCCGUUUCAAGAAAUGUUUGCAAGUCGGAAUGUCAAGGGAUUCCGUGCGGUACGGAAGGGUGCCGAAGCGGUCUAGACCUUCAGAGGGCGAGAAGGACGAUGCGAGAGUAUCGACAUCUGACCCCAGUGAGCCUCCACCUCCUGCAACGAUGCCUGAGACCAGUGACCCUAAGAUUCUGGCACUGUACGAGGUCAUCCUGACCGUGGGCCAAGCAUACCAAGACCACUGUGAGUACGCGGAGGAGAGCACGCGUGGACUUCUGCGCAAACCCAUCUCAUCCUUGCCGCCAUCAGCAGUUCCUUCAAGUCCGGAAGUUGCGUCAUCGACGGCUGACAGUCUGGAGCCUCAAAAGAUAUGGCUGUGGCAGCAAUGGGCCACUCAUAUCAACCCGAGCAUCACAAGGCUAGUCGAGUUCGCCAAAAAAGUUCCAGGUUUCCUUGAUCUGAAACAAGAUGACCAGUUAAUUCUAAUCAAACAUGGUUUUUUCGAGCUGUGGUUCGCUGGAGCAGCCAGACUAGUCUCUGAUUCCUCUUUUACCUUCGCUGACGGAACGUAUGUCACUCGCCAACAGAUGGAGGUUAUGUUCGAUAACGAUUUUGCGACCUCCAUGUUUCAUUUUGCGAACUCGUAUAACACCAUGUCGCUGAACGACGCAGAGGUUGGUCUGUUCUCAGCCAUCAUACUGCUCGCACCCCAUCGCACCAAUGUGAUGGACCCUAAAGCUGUGGAACACACUGUGGACCCGAUGGUGGAAGCUUUGAAAUUACAGUUGGCAAGAAGUCACCCUGGUGAUGCACAAAUAGUGGCCAGCCUCCUGAUGAAGGUGCCAGAGCUGCGGGCCCUGGGAGCUAAACAUGUCUUACAUCUGGAGUGGUUCCGCAGCAACUGGGAGAAGCUUCGACUGCCACCUCUUUUCGCUGAAAUAUUUGACAUCCCCAAGUGUGAAGCAGAUCUUCAGCAGUAGACAUGGUUCAACUCUGGGACUGGGUUCUCUCUCCUCUUCUUGCUCAAUGACGAGCCACGUUCCAGUGAUCUCAACGCAAUACUAACACAGGACAACACAUAUCAUUACCACACGUGGGCUACCUUCGGUUCCUGCCACGUCUUUUAAUCCAUCUCCUCUACUGUACAUUCUACGCUGUAAAUAUCUCUGUUGAUCAAAUGUUA